AUGGGUAAGACGCAAAAGAAAAACAGUAAAGGUCGUCUAGACAAGUACUACUUUCUCGCCAAAGAGAAAGGUUAUCGUGCUCGUUCUUCUUUCAAGAUUAUUCAGAUAAAUGAAAAGUUUGGGCACUUUUUAGAGAAGUCCAAGGUCGUGAUCGACCUGUGUGCUGCGCCUGGGUCCUGGUGCCAAGUGGCGUCGAAGAUGUGCCCGAUAAAUUCCCUGAUUAUCGGUGUGGAUAUUGUGCCAAUGAAGUCGAUGCCCAAUGUGAUUACUUUUCAAAGUGAUAUUACCACUGAGGACUGCCGUUCCAAGCUGAGAGGAUAUAUGAAGACGUGGAAAGCCGAUACAGUUCUGCAUGAUGGUGCUCCUAACGUUGGUCUAGGAUGGAUUCAAGACGCCUAUACUCAAUCUCAUUUGACACUGCAGGCUUUGAAAUUAGCGGUUGAAAACUUAGUCGUUGGCGGUACUUUCGUCACCAAGAUUUUCAGAUCCAAAGAUUAUAACAAGUUGAUCUGGGUUUUUGGUCAGCUUUUUGACAAGGUCGAAGCUACUAAGCCACCCGCGUCCAGAAACGUUUCGGCAGAAAUUUUCGUAGUCUGCAAAGGCUUCAAGGCUCCAAAGAAACUUGACCCCCGAAUUUUAGACCCUCGAGAAGUUUUCGAAGAACUACCUGAUGGUCCUCAAAACAACGAAGCUAAAAUUUUCAACCCGGAGAAAAAAGUAAGGAAGAGACAAGGUUAUGAAGAAGGCGACUAUUUACUAUACCAUACCAAACCUAUUAUGGAGUUUGUCAAAACUGAAGAUCCCAUUGACAUGCUUGGUAAUCUCAACAAAUUCAUUAUAGAUUCUGACGACCAUGAGUGGAAAAUCUUGAAGAAAUUAAAACAAACCACAACCGAAUUCAUGGCGUGCAUAGAAGAUCUGAGAGUUUUAGGUAAGAAAGAUUUCAAAAUGAUUCUUAAAUGGAGAAAAGCCGCGAGAGAACUACUGGAUAUAGAAAAGGAAGAGGACAAGGACGAUGUAGAUGCAGUGCCGCUAACAGAGGAAGAGCAAAUUCAAAAAGAACUUCAAGGACUCCAGGAGAAACAGCGGUUGUCUCACAAACGUGAAAAGAGAAAGAAAAACGAAAUGAAGCAAAAGGAGCUCACCAGAAUGCAAAUGAACAUGUUGACGCCCAUGGACAUUGGUAUUGAAUCUGCGGAGCUAGGAAGAGAAUCUCUGUUCAAUCUCAAAUCUGCGGAAAAGACAGGCAUAUUGGAUAAAUUAGCCAGGGGUAAAAGAAGACUGAUAUUUUCUCAAAACGAUGCUGCCGACGAAGACGAUAUUCAUAUUGCGGACGAUGCUCCUCUUGAAGACCGCGAUGAAUCUGCCGAUGCUGACGAAUUAGAGUCACAGCUAAAUUUCAUGUAUCAAAACUACAAGGAGAAGAAAUCUGAAAGAGAUGCCAACUAUCGUGCCAAACAAGCUCGCGGCGGGGAUGUUGACGGAGAGUGGAACGGGCUUUCUGAUAAAGAAAAUGAUAGCGACAACGAGGAGGAGAAGAAUCAUAUAAGCGAAGAUGAGAACUCUGAUCUGUCUGAUUCGGAUGAUGAUGAAGCUAUCAACCGGUUGAUCGCCAAAACGAAAGAGAAAACAGGAAAGGAUCAACUCAGUUCUAAAGCGAGAUCCUUGUUUGAUCAGUCUAUUUUCGAAGGCGUGCAGGCUGAUCUGCCAACAGAAUCAAGUGAACCAAUGGAUGAGAUUACCAGUCAAAAGGAUUCUUCUCAGUCUUCUGACGAACACAGUAAAGAACCUGAGUUAGUCAGUGAGGAUGACGCAUCUGAAGAGUCUGAUUUUGAAAUUGUUGUGAGAGACGAAGAUGAUGAUCAAUCAAUGGACUCAGACUACGACUCAGAAGAUGAAAAGAAGGAUUCACAAAAAGAGAAGUAUUCAGAAGACAUCGAUAUCGCAACGGUCGAGGCGAUGACUCUAGCUCAUCAGCUAGCAUUGGGGCAGAGAACGAAGCACGAUCUGGUGGAUGAAGGAUUUAACAGGUACGCAUUCCGCGACUCUGACAAUCUACCUGACUGGUUUUUGGAAGAUGAGAAGAGCCACUCAAAGAUCAAUAGGCCUAUUACCAAGGAAGCGGCGAUCGCAAUUAAGGAAAAAAUGAAAGCGUUGAACGCCAGACCGAUCAAGAAGGUAGCCGAAGCUCAUGCGAGAAAGAAGAUGCGUGCAGUUAGUCGUUUAGAAAAGAUUAAGAAGAAGGCAGGUCUCAUUAACGAUGAUGGUGACAAGUCUGAAAAGGACAAAGCUGACGAAAUUGCGAAAUUGAUGAGAAAGGUUACCAAGAAGCAAAGACAGAAACCAAAGGUAACGGUGGUUGUCGCAACAGGUAAAAACAGAGGCCUAGCAGGCAGACCAAAGGGUGUGAAGGGUAAGUAUAAGAUGGUAGACGGUGUUAUGAAGAAUGAACAAAGAGCUUUGAAGCGUAUCGCCAAAAAACAUCACAAGAAGAAAUAG